GACUACAGCAAGGGAGAGAGGCUGGCGGUACUGCCGCAGUGCUGCCAUGUGUACCACGCACGCUGCGUAACGCGCUGGUUACGCUCUCGCGGUGACUGCCCCAUCUGCCGCUCGCUUGUGAAGGACGAGCUGCGGCGCUCCACGCGCCUCUGCUGA